CUAGCUUGCCACGUGCCACCGCGACCAGACUAGCUGCUUGUGGCCAAACCUUGGCAUCCUUUUCCCCUGUGCAUCCGGCGGUUCAUAGUUGCCGCGCGGUGUCCGGGCCCGAGCCAGCUGGCAGGGCGUUUUCAGCCCUUCUCGCAGGACAUGGCUGCCUAACUCCGUCUCCGGCUCGCCUGCGCGCAAGCCGGUGAGUCUGGUGAAUAUAGAAUUGUCGCUAUUGCAUGCAGACUCCAUUUUUGCGCCACAAAACAGGGCGACCUGGGCUGAGUCCUGCGCGCAACUCGCCUGUCCUGCGAGUUCGCCACACCCCAAGGUAUAGCCUCCUGCAACUAUGCAAUUAGUUAAGUUUAAUCUCUGCUUUUGUAAAAGCAUUCAAGUUUCGGUGAUCAGGGGGUCCCCGCGAACAUCGGUUAGGUCGGCCCCAAACCCUUGCCCGCGAACGCCGCGCUCGAUCGCGUGAGAUAUUUUGGAGCGGUAGGAAGCAUUUGACACAAGCGCUCUGGGAGUCGGUUGCCACAGGAACCCACGUGCAGGGGUUGGCAGGUAUUGCCGGUCAGUUAGUCGCAACGCCGUACAGGUCGGUGCAGUCGCUGUCCUCUUAAUCCCCGCCAGGCGCCAUACUUGCCAGUCAUCGACUCAAGCCUUGGCAAGCCAGGUGUUCCCCUCUUCCUUACUUCGCAUCGCCAGCGCGCUUUCUCCCUUCGCCUCAUCGUUCACUCGUCGCUGCCGCGACCUGUGAGCUCACUGCCUCUGCAACCAUGUCCGACAGCACGGAGUGCACCAACCUUUUCGGGUUGACUCAAUAUGAUGGCAUGUGCAGCUUCUUCGGCAGCGGCGACACUGCUCUGCCUGAGGGCCUUGGCUGGUUCAUUCUGAUCGGCCUUGGCGCUGUCUUUGCUCUGGUCCCCACCUUCCUGCUGUGGGCCGACCGCAAGUUCGGCGGCACUCAGGCUGAUUCCGAGAACUUCGCCACUGCCGGCCGCAGCAUCAAGGCCGGUCUGACCGCCUGCGAUAUUGUUGCCAAGUGGACUUGGGCCGCUACCCUGCUCCAGUCUGCCAACGUCGCCUGGUCGUUCGGUGUCUCUGGUCCCUUCUGGUAUGCUGCCGGCGCCACCGUCCAGGUGUUGCUGUUCGCCAUCCUGGCCGUGGAGAUCAAGCGCAAGGCCCCCACCAUCCACACCUUCCUCGAGAUCAUCCGCUGCCGCUGGGGCACGACUGCUCACGUGAUCUUCGUCUUCUACGGCUUCCUGACCAACAUCAUCGUGACUGCCAUGCUCAUUCUGGGCGGUGCCGCCGUGAUGGAGGCCUUGACCGGCGUGUCCGUGUACGCCUCCUCUUUCCUGAUCCCCGCCGGUGUGGUGAUCUACACCGCUGUGGGCGGCCUGAAGGGCACCGUGGUGGCCGAGUGGCUGAACGUGUGUGUCAUCUACAUCGCCCUGCUUAUCUUCAUGUUCCAGGUCUACGCCACCAACAAGGACCUGGGCUCUAUUAAGGUUGUGUACGAGCGCCUGACCGCUGUCGCCGAGAAGCACCCCGUCGCCGACAACAUGGGCGGCUCCUACAUGACCAUGUUCUCCAAGUCUGGCAUCAUCUUCGGCAUCAUCAACAUCAUCGGCAACUUCGGCACCGUGUUCGUGGACCAGUCCUACUGGCAGGGCGCCAUUGCCGCCAAGCCCUCCGCCACCUACAAGGGCUACCUGCUGGGUGGCAUGUGCUGGUUCGCCAUUCCCUUCACCUUUGCCACCACCAUGGGUCUGGGCGCCCGCGCUCUGGACCUGCCCCUCACCAAGGCUGAGGCCAACAAGGGUCUGGUUCCCCCCGCUCUGGCUGUUGCCCUGAUGGGCCAGGGUGGCGCUUUCCUCGUCACCUUCCAGCUCUUCAUGGCCGUGACCGCCACCGCCUGCGCCGAGCAGAUGGCCGUGGCCACCAUUGUCGCCUACGACAUCUACAAGCCCUACAUCAACAAGAACGCCAACGGCAAGCAGAUGAUCAUCCUGCAGCGCGUCAUGGUUGUUGUGUACGCCAUCAUCUCCGGUGUCAUCUCCGUCAUCCUGCUGAAGCUCCAGGUGUCUCUGGGCUGGGUCUACCUCUUCAUGGGCAUCGUGAUCGGCUCAGCCGUGUUCCCCAUCGCCGCCUCCCUCACCUGGGCCAAGUGCUCCGCCACCGCCGCCAUCGUGUCCGCCGUCGUGACCACCCCCCUCGCGAUCAUGACCUGGCUCAUCACCGCCGCCAAGCUGAACGACGGCGUGAUCAACCUGGACACCACCGGCCAGGACUACCCCAUGCUCGCCGGCAACCUGGUCGCCCUCUUCUUCUCAAUGAUUCUGUGCAUCAUUCUCUCCUACAUCUUCCCCCAGGACUUCGACUGGGCUGAGCUGCGCAACAUCCCCGUGAUUGAGUGCGACCCCAACUCCGACCCCAACAACUUCGAGGGCGAGGACUCCCCCGAGGCGCUCAACCACGUGAUCAAGUUCACUUGGGCCACCGGCGGCACCCUCACCCUGGUGCUGCUCAUCCUCUGGCCCAUCCUGGCCCUGCCCGCCAAGGUCUUCUCCGAGGGCUACUUCACCUUCUGGAUCAUCAUUGCCAUGAUCUGGGGCAUUGUUGCGUCCUGCGUCUGCAUCGUCCUGCCCAUCUGGGAGGCCUCCGACGUCAUUGUCAACUUCUUCACCUGGAAGAAGGCCCCCGUCGCUGGCGGCGUCGCCACCACAGCCGAGGAGUCGGCGCACAAGGGCGACCACAUGGAGCUGCCCCCAGCCCCCGCCAACCGUGCGUAAGCUGCUGCAGCUGCUACUGCCGGGACACCCGCCGUCGCCUUGCCAGGCAGCUGCGAAGGCGGCUUGAAUGGGUGCGGUGCGGCGCGUUGUGUGUGAUGCGCUGGCGUGCGUACGCGUGCGCGUCCUAGCCUAGCUUGUGUCUCGGGUGCGUGUGCGUCGUUAGAAUUAGGAUAGACACAGUAUAGAGUGGGAUGACAUCAGCACUGCGAGUAGAUAGGUAUAGGUUGCACUGUCGACUGCAAAGCGUGGGCCUUGCUCGAUCGCAUCUAGGUUGGCUGUGGUGCAAGGGGGGACGUGGACUGGCGGCGUGGUAAUUCGCAUGCCUAGACAGGUUAUUAUAUCGGACGAAUUGCAGACACGUGACGCAUGACUUAUUUGCUAUGCAGUGGUUGAGCGGGAACUGAUUGGUUGGUGGGGUGAUCUUACCUGCGCGCAGUCUGUUGUGCUCGCCGCGAGCCCAUAAGAUGCCUCUCAAGGGUGCACGAGAUAAAAUUGGAAGGGCCUCCCAGUGCGACUCACUGGAUGCUGAGUUCGGGAGUGCGGAUACAUUGCUCUGUAUCAUUAACAAAAGCUUAGUAUUCGAUGAGGGGUGGCAGUGACGCGACGAUUUGCCCGCGCAUUCGGUUGAGUGAAGCGUCGAGAGUGCUGCUUGGGGCUGACAGCCGCAAACAUGCUUACAUAUGCCGGACGUUACUGGCGAGUCAUCUGCAAUCAGGGACACGCGGUCUGUGUAACGGAAACAAGUA